UCCCUGACACUUCCCUGAACAUUUCGUCAGAAACUAACAUCAGUCCGCGAAUGCCUGUGGAUCUGUAGGCUAGACUGGGUAGUUCGGCUUUGUUGAAAUUCAAGAAAGAAGAAAACAAGCUUCAGGAUGCAAGCGAUCAACUUGGACACGUUCAGCCUGUCGCUGCUGACCGCCAAAGAGGACAUCCUGAACGGCCGCGCAUCCACAGACUGCACAUCUCGCAGUCACCUUGAGGUCCAGGAUCACUGAAACGAGACUAAACGCUCCAUAAGCAGGAUGUAAAAAGCACUCUGGCGAUACUGUAUGCUCCGAGUAGAUUCUGUGCAAGGGCGUUGUUUGCAUACGAUGGAUUCACCAACAACCUGAAGCUCUUUGAUUCUGGAACUGGAGGCUUGACAGAAUUGGCCCAGAAAUUUCACAUUGCCAAACCCAUGUAUGGACUGUGCAGGGUUGCACUGCCUGAAGUGGGGCAGCCACGGAUAGUCCUGAUCUGCUGGGUUGGAGAAGAUGUGGAUGAGUUUCGAAGGACAGAAUGUGCAAGUCAUGUGCCCGCAGUCAAAAACUUCUUCAAGGAAGCCCAUGCAUUUAUCAGUGCCUCUAAUAAAGAUGAGUUGACUGAGGAAAAGAUGGCAGCUAUUCUGGCAAAAGUUCGACCACCAAUGGAGAGAUUUAGAAGAAACUCAAGACCAACAGAGAAAGAAGAGACAGUGGGAACAAACUACAGGAAGACGAAUGCUGCCAUGGAGAUGAGAUGGAUUAACAGAGACACCUUCUGGGCACGUGCAGAGCGUGAGGAAGAGGAAAGGAAGGAGGAGGAGAAGAGGAAGGCUGCAGAGGACAGGAGACGCCGAGAGAGAGAAAGAGUUCUGCAGGAAAAGAAAGAGGCAGAGGAGAGAGACAGAAAGAUGAAUGAAAAACUGCAGAAGAUCGAGGAGCAAAGGAGAUUGGAUGCCAAACGUCAGGAAGAAACUAGAAGAAAGGAGAAGGCUCGAUGGGCAGUGCAGCAGAGAGAGCAUGAAGAGGAGAUGAGGGCUCGCCUCAGACGCAGCGAGUCCAUAGAGAAAGCAGCCGAGGCAGCGGCCCUCAUUUCCCAGCGCUCCAUGAACCCACGGGAGUUUUUCAGGCAACUGUCACAAAGCUCCACCAGCCCUGUAUCGCCACGCACAGGCAAACCUCCAUUCCGUCGUUACCAGCGCAGUUUGACAGACACCGCCUUCAUCUUCGAGAAAGCCAGCGCCAGUAGUGGUCCCACUUCUCCACUCAGUCCCUCUGUCACCUCCCCUUUCUCUCGCACACCAACUAGCCCCUUCAAUCGCUGCAUGUCCCCGACCAGUCCAGGCUUCCGUCCAAUAACAUCUCCCCAAAGCCCUCGUGACCCUGUGAGGACUCCUCCUAUAUCUCCUAUUGAGUGCUCUGCCCCGCCCAUGUCCUCUCUGCCCAGCCUGCCAGAUUCCAAAGCUCCUCCUCCUCAGUCCUCCCUUCCUGAUCUUCCUGCUGCCCAGAUCUCUGCUGUCGCUGAAUCUUCAAGUGUGGUUGAGACUAAAUCCUCCAGUGUAGAUGUUAGUGAGCAGGAACCUGCUACUGUCCCAGAUCCUCCAUCUGCACCCCUGCCUGAGAACCCAGUUCCAUUAAAGGAAGAAUCUGUCUCAGAGCUCCUGAUUGACAUCUGCAUGCCGAGUAAUACAGAGGAAGAGUUAAACAUCAUAGUUGGCCCAGAAGAAGAAUACAAGGCACAGUUACCAUUGGGAGAGUGCAUCGCCUGUCUUCUACCCACAGAAACAUCCUUCAGCUCUCAGGAUCAAGCUGAAGCAGAGGAGGCUGUCAUGCCACGAUCAGAAACCGUUGCAGUUUCCACCCUUAUUGAGGUGGAGGAAACUCUAGAGGAGGAAGAACCAGAGCAGGAGGGAGCUGAAGAAACAGCAGAGUUUGGUUCAAGUGGAGAACAACCAGAGUCUGAAACAUCAGCCAGUGAUGAACCAACCCUGGUGGAAGAGAUUGAGGUUGAUGUUAGAGAUGAAACAGAGGUGCGUGUGGAGGAGACUAAGAACUUUGUGAUUGAAGAAGAAAGGCCAGACCAAAAUGGUAUAUAUCCUCAGAAUGGUACAGCCAAGGAAUAUGAUGAUUCCUCUGACCAGAGAACACAAGAGACUUAUAUAGUCAAUCGCGAGGAAAAUGAGGAAGAAGACGCCCAAAGUGAAGAAGCAGAAAACGGAGAGUCCUCAGCAGACAGGCCGCUUCUACGUGUGCGAGCGCUCUAUGACUACCAAGCAGAGGAUGACACAGAGAUUUCCUUCGAGCCUGGGGACAUCAUCAUGGACGUGGAAACAGUGGACAAAGCCUGGUGGAGGGGUUUCAGCAAAGAUGGCCGCCAAGGUCUCUUCCCUUCCAACUAUGUAGAGAUCAUCUAAGGACUUCAGUUUUCUUUCAGAGACAGUUCUUUGUCUCUUUAGAUUCAGUACCAGCGCUCAGGGACCAAAAGCUUUGGGGUAUCCAGCAGAGGGAGCUAAAAACAGGCUCCAAGUCUUCUGGCUGUACCACAGUGAAGGUACUAAGAGACCAAUGGGACAAAAGAGACAACAAAAUGAUCUGAGAUCAGUGCUUGGGCAACGGUCUUGUGUAUGGUGAAGUGAGACAGGUUGCUUGAAGUUAUUCUGAACCAUCUACAGGUUAUUGUUUUUGUUUAUUUUUUAUUACCUAUGAUUUGGCUCAGCAGUAUGUUUGACUCUUGGUUAUGUUUCUAACACGGAAGUCAGUCAUUGUUAUGAUAUUGACUGGUUUAUGGCUUUGUAACGAUAAUGUUAGCUAUAGAAACUAUAAGCCUUCAUUACAGCUGCAUUUACAGCAUGUAUCAUUUUAUUUUUUGUUAUCGGGAUGAUCCCUGUAUUACUUAUAAAGUUUCUAUAGUGCUGCUGAGCAGAUCCACAUUUAUAUGUAUUUACAUUAGGCUUAUGCAAUAUUGAUUUUUCCCUGCUCAUGAAUUACCAAUUUAAAGAAUUGAAAUAAACAAUUUAAUAGUCCACAAUUUCAGGUUUAAGGAGGGCAGAAUAAUAUCAGCUGUGCAGUCAGGAGCUGCUUGCCGGCAGUGGCAAUUGCGGAAACUCUGCUGUGUAGUGGAUUUUUGGGUGAUUCUGCAAUAUGAUAUUAACAAGACACGUGUCUAAUGAUAGCUAAGUCAAACAUACAGUGAUAGAUUUUAUUUCAUAUUAAUGAACUCAAUAUACUCUCCAUUUACUAUGACAGAAAGCAAGGGUGCGAGAGAUGAAGAGAAGGGGUGGGGCUUCUAAGCGGCGUCAGUUAAUAUCAGAGACUCCGACACACCUCGGCAAAUCAUUCCAGAUUCAUAUGUCAACCGGCUCAUCUCCCAUUUUAUUGGAGAGAAACAAGACUGUUUUUUCUGUGUACUUUUGAGUGAGAACUUGUACUAGGGUACCCUGAUGUGAAAGUGUGAAGCUCCUAUGCAAAAUGCACAAAUAGGUCUGGUAAUAUAAUACAAUCGGAACAAGUGUCACCCGAUAUCAUGGCAUUGGAAUAUCAUGUAGGGAUGAUAAAAUCGUUAUAUCGCACAAACCUAAUGUACACCCACAUUUGCUUCACUCUGUAUUUUCUGGGUAAUGCUGAGGUGAGGAUGUUGUUUUACUAACCAACACCUGAUGAGGUCAAAAAAGGUGAUAUGGUUUAAUACUGUAUUUGUGCUGAGCGAACAUUUUAAUAGAUACAAAUUAAGUACAGGCUCAUUGAUGUAAUACCACACAUACAACAAAAUAAGUAAAUUAUUUAUCACCGAUAUGAUAAACCUAUCCACUAACUCCUCUAGCAUGAAAUUUACCAGCAUGACCCAUUUUCGGAUCUUUUUUGUAUCAAAUACUGUUAUCUAAGGAUUCAUCAGAAUGUCACUCUAUUUUGUACCUAUUGACCAUCUGACAGCUUCUUGUGUCUCUUUUACUUUUUCAUCAAUUAAUUAAAGAUCUAUAUCUUGUA